AUGGCUCCAGGUCUUUCUGAUGUAAAACCAGUUUCGUAUUUAGAUGUUGGUUUAACAAUUUGUUCGUGUUCCAGAUUAUCAAUUGAAGUUGGAAUGGUAAGACUUGGAUCAGUAAAUGAAACUUCCAGUAGAAAUAAUGGUAUUUGUUUUAGCCGUUUGAAAAGCUCCGCUACACCAUCUACCUUAAAAUCCGUGACUUGA